UUCACUUAAUGAAGAUGACACCAGACCGCAGUUUACGUGGUCUCGUGGCUCUAAGUGUCGCGCUUAUAAACGGUUUCGGAAUUUUGCAUGUUUCAGCGGAAAAUGCGACAGAAGCGAUUCAAAGCGUCUCUCCCCUGUCAACCCAAAUUUUAUCAACCACCACCCGAAAGCCGUUUCUACAGGGUUUCCGAGUCCCGUGUUCCUGUUCCGGGUGGGAAUGCGGAUGCUGCACAGGUUAUAUUUUGGAUCGACUCAACCAAAAAGUAUGCAUGAAUUUGACCCUCGAUCUGGAAGAGUUUCAUGUCAGCGCUGCCAUAAAUUUGAAUGGGAAGCCCCUUUAUAAGAAUACGAUAUCAGGUAAAAAUCCACCGCCGAUGUGCAUUCGUCUGCCCCGUUUCCGAUUCAUUAAGUUCUGUGUGCAAUUCUCGAAUAUCUACAUCGCCAAUAGGAAUAUUCACCUGUGCAUUGAUGCCGAAGCAAACUGGGAAGACAUCACUUUAGUCGAAUGGUCCUUCGAUUGUGUCAGAAUGGGAGUCUCGGGGGUGGCGGUCGUGGCUCCGGAAGACGGGGGUGGCAUUCCGGGCAACCCUCUCGACGCCAUCGACCAGACUAAUGAAGAUUAUGACGACAGUGCCCGAGAAAAUCCGAUCGCUUUAAACCGCGCCAAGUUUGGGGUUUCUAAGAAAAUCAUAUUUCAUCGUAGCCUGUACCGUAUUCAAAAUAAAUCUCCGGACAGGAGCCUGAUAUCAAUAAAACGCUUUAGGAACGGCGAUUAUUUCGUCGCCUAUCUCGGGAAAGAUUGAUAAACGUUAGAACUUAUUAUUUGUUUUUCUAGUCAUG